AUGAGUGAUGUAAAGCCAGGAAAGCAAGAAACUCAAAAACAAAUGGAGCCGGGUUUUUGUUCAGCGACUUGCACUGAUAGAGCUUGUUUGCAGCACAAUAUAAAUAAGCCUGAAAUAAAGACAUCCGACAUAUUUGCAACAUGUAAUCUUCCGAAGAGAUUUGAAUACCCUCAUAUUUUCAAUGGUUACGGAUGCCAGCAGAAUAGUCAACAUCCAUUAUAUAGGACGACAUCCAGCGAAUAUGGAUGGUACCCUCCAGGUAUGCAUACAGUGCCGUCAGCUUAUUUUCCAAUGAACCAAAAGUUUUCCAAUAGUAUCCACUCGGUCCCCUCGGUUUACUUUCCAGCAGGCCAGGUUUUCACCAACCGACUCGCCGCCGCUGGCAUGUACCGUAAUUACAGUCUCAACACUGGAAUGGAUCCUGUGGGAUAUUCCUGA